CAAUCAUUCAGUGACUCUUCGCUUCCCGCCUUCUCUAACUCAUCCAUCCAUCAUCAACCUGGUCCGCCGCCCAUCGCUGCCUGGCCUUCUCCCAACCCACACGACCACCACAGCUUGACGAUUCCUCUCCACACACUACCACAUUCUACCAGGGCGUGACCUGAACCUCCAAUCACAUGCAGCUCCCGUCAUAUGCCUGCGACUCGAGACCACACUGAACCGCACGUCUCAACAUCUCGCUGAUAAACUCCUGCGCCGCAACCAUGACUCCUUCGUCUACCUAAUCCACCUCUGAUCCACUGCUACCCAAAAACCUAGCCAGAAACCUUACAACGUUCCUCUGCCUCGAAUGUCUUAAACCGCCCUCCACCGAAUCGUUGCCCGUCAAACCACUGCACAAUUUGUGGGCUAUCAAAGCAUGGAUGGCGAUCGGAUAGUCGCUAUUCACCAACCAGCUCUUCACGGCUAAGCCAGGCACUGCAUAUUUGCUCCCGUCAUCUUCCACUUAUCAGUUUUUGUCGACGCCAUGCAUCAGCACCCUCGCCCUCCGCCCGCCUCGGCGUCCCCCGCAAACUCAGAACAGACAAACCCUACCCGCACGAACAACCCGAGAGAUCGAGACGGCCAGGCAUUUAGAACAAAUUCUCCUCUCACUCAGGGUUCCGGGUCGUCGGAGGACUUCGCUGCUGCACGGCAAGACCAACCUGCGGACAAUACCGCUGGCCAGAUGCAGCGACUCAACCAGGUCGUCCAGAACUUUCACACCAAGGCCGCCUUGAUCAUUCUUCAUUCCCGAGUCGAGCUAUCACCAGCUUACUCCCAAAAGACAGACACAAGGAGGAUCAAUCGCUGGUUCAACCUCGAUGUAGAAGAGACGGAAGAGUACAAGGACGACAUCAGGAGGUGGAAGGCCUGCGAUGUUGAAGACAACCGGCCUCCACCGCUAGUAAUCGAGAUAUUUCUCACGACCGAGCCCCUACAACAAGGUCAAAGAUUGGUGAUUGUGGACGAAGAUGGGAAGAGAUGGGAUGUGCAGAAUACCUUGUCCUCCGCUCACAGCACUUCUCGAUCAAGUCAUCCCCGAAGCGCUGAUACAAACGAGGUUCUUCUGGAGAGAUGGACGGUAGAACUGGGUGAUGCCACGGCUCCAAUGCCCCCGGAUUUGGCCACGCUGCUGCCUUUGGUUUACAAAAAGAGUAUCGUCCUCUUCCGGUCCCUGUACACCUACAGUAAUUUCCUGCCUGCUUGGAAACUGUCAAGGAAGAUCGGGAAUGGCCGGUCGCAUAUGGCAUUGAAGCUGGGUUACCGUCUGAUCAACGGGGCUCGUCUCAGCAGCUUAUCUCGGUCAGACAAUCUCAACCUUCGACUCUUUGAUAGCAACGCCGAUGUCUUGACAACUUACGAUUUCGGUCCGACAGACUCCCCUGCCGGUCCUUUCUCGAUAAAGGUAGAAUAUCGACAGAAUUGCGACUUCCGGAUAGAUGACUCGGAGGAGCUGCUCAGUUCAAGAUUCUUGGGAGCUGAUGACGAACUUUUUAGACCGUCCCUCCCUAGUGAUAAACGCUCCCGAGCUGAAAUCGGGUCUCUACCUAAUGACCGACGUCAGAAUCUAUUGGAGCGACCUGAACUUGGACUUGCAUACGGCAGCUUGUCAACCUUCCAUCAAGCAGGAAUUGGCACGGGAACCAGUCCGAUAUCAGCACUGCGGAAUGCUCAGGAGUUCAAUGCCAGCUCGCCCCCUACUCCGGAACCAGCGAGACCGUCCAUGCAUACCCAUACCGCCUCGCAGAGCUCGCGCAACUCGCUUCGUGCUGUGGCAGCUAACCGACGGAGCUCCUUUUCCGUCCAACCCUUCAAGACACCGACGUUGUCGGCUUCGCCUUUAGGGUCAUCGCCUCUAGCAUCAUCCCCCCGAACGCAUGUCGUCAGAGCUCCUACGCUGGGCUCUCUGACGGAAGAAGGUAUACCACCGCCAACUGCGGCUGCAGCGGCUGGGAGGAGAACGGCAUCACUCGCGUCAGAGCAUGCGGUCGCCUCUUCGACUUCAAGCCCGCCAAAACCAGCUCCGACCAGGUACAGUAGCAGUUUCAGUCAUCGACGGGCUCGAUUGUCCUCGGGAGGAACAACCGUCCGUACAGAUGAUGACCAAACCAGUAGUGGCAGGGCCAGUGCAACGUCUUCAGCUCAGCCGGGUUCAGGACUAAUGGCUGAAGCAACAACUGGUGGUGGAAGUUCGAGUUCAGUAACAGCGGAUGACGGCGAAAACAUUUCGGAUUUCCUGAAGAUGUUGGAGCUGCAAAAGGAUCUUCUGGUGCCCGCAUCGUCCGCCGCCGCCGAAGCUAACACGAGACGGACUGCUGCAGCUCUCAACCGCUUUCACAGAAUGCGAGACUCGAAUGCUGUAUUAUCCGAUUCCAUGUCUUCCUCAAUGAUGUUGCAGCGGUCGUCUGCGUCUUCCAGUCGACAACUAUCCGGUGUUCCUCCCAUGGUAGCAGGGACUUCUAUGUCGACGUCAUCGUCUCCGGGAAAGCCCAUUUCGCCGCAUACACCUCAUACUCCAUUUGCUCCGUCUCGCCUCAGUGCUGCUUAUAGCCACGAUGACACGGACACAACGCAUCAUCUGACUGUGGAAGAACCACCAUCACCCUCUGAAGCUCCUACGGAAGAGACUGCACAGGCUCGGUCCACUGCCAAUGUCCCUGCGAUCGAUAUACCAAACUCGCCAAGAUCAUUCCUGCCUGGCUAUCAGCGUUCUAGUUCGGCUCAACGACGGCCUCUAAGCUCGGACGAAGACAUUGCUGACUUAUAUGGGAUGCGAAGCCAUAGCAUGGGAGCCGAUCGAAGAGGUCAUCGACGAGAAUCUGCUCGACAAGAUGAUGCUGAUGAGCCGACCGAGCUCCAAGACAGACAGCAGCCGAACCCCUCUAGAGCGCUUGAUCGAGGCUCCCAGGUCCAUCGUCCUUCUGGACUUGCAAUGAUGACUACAGAUUGUGGUGGUUCCGAGCCUGCUUCAGGACGGUCUUCGGCGAACAUGUACCGUUCCAGAGGUGCUCGAGGAGGCCUUGGUCGAGGCGUUGCGGCUGCGCAAGGAUCGGGGUCGAGCUUCGGGGGAACGGGGGCGAGUGCUGAGCAGGUGGACAGCAGCACCAGUGGAUCCUGGGGUAGAGGUGGCAGACGAAGCGGAAGUCGACCGGAGAAUCGAUUCGAUGAGGAUGAAUUCCUGCCUUUUGCCAUGGAAAGGAGCGACUUCAAUACCGCCGGCAAACCUGAUCAGCCAGGUUCUAGUGGGAGAUGAUGGGUGACAUCGCCCUCUCCAAAGGGAAACGCAAUACAACUUUUAUGACCACUAUCUUCGAUAACAGCGACUCGGUUCGGCACAAGGGAAUAGAGCGGCUCUGUAGGAGUUCAUUGAUCUAUCGACGGCGUUCUAUAUGGUGGGAAUUCAAACUGUGCAUUUUGUUUACGAUUGUCGCUUCUGGCUUGUCUUGACCGGGAUGAUGAUUAUCCUGGCACGGGUGGGCUUUUCUGAGCGUUUCAGCCGAGAUGGAUAUGGCUCUUAUAACUUGUUGAUGGGCUGCCCGCUGAUUGAUGGAAUAGGCGCGAGAGGCAUCAUUGAUGCUACCAAGCUGUUGAGUGCGGGCAGAUGAUUGUGGCAACGACAAGGCAGACGGAGCCUAAGUCAUCUGUUUCAUCGCUUCGAAUCAGUCAGCUGCCAUAGGAAUGCGUAUACGUUUAUACGGAGUAUUGGGUGGCUGCGUCUCAUCUCCCCGUUUUAACACACGUUCUUGUCUUCUGGAGUCUGCGCAUAAGAGGCUCGGCUGUUGCAUGAUCUCUACUUCGGUCUGUUCUGUUGGGUAAAAGGGAGUCGAAAUACACACUGUCUACACCGUGACAAGGUAUACGGGACACAGGUCCAUAUAUGGAUGGCAUGGGACCGGUGGGUAGAGCAAGACACGGAUUAUGGCAGACUAGAGACCAUGAUGCACAAAGCAGGAUAAGGCUGUUGGACAGACAGGCAGUUGCAAAUAGAUUGUGAUCCUAUAGCGGGCAGUCUCACCCGAAGAUAUAUGUUGUUACUACUCCG